CUUCCAUCAUGAAGCUCUUGGUCCUGGCACUCGUAGCUACUGCGUCCGCUGCCCCUCAGGGUUACAACCUGGGCACGCCCUCGGGACCUUCCUUUGAGUCUGGGAGCUGUGGGGAUGGACAAGUGCGGCACGUGGACGGAAGCUGCGUUACGCCGCAGGUGAACAGCCGUGUGUUCCUGUACGAUGUGCCAGCAAACGAAGGUGUCGUCAAUCGGCCAGACUACAUUCCAGAGCCUAAAUUGGAACGCAAUAUCAUUUUUGUAAGACUGCCUGAAGGUGCAGAUGGACCAGAACCCAUCGUCGUGCCACCACCACAACAGCAACACGUAGUGUAUGUUCUGAACAAGCAGUCUGAACAUGACCAGCGAGUGAUCGAGGUUCCAGCACCACCGCCAUCCAACCCCGAAGUGUUCUUCGUGAACUACGCAGAAGGAGAGAACCCGACUCUUCCCAGCGGAGUAGACCUCCAGACGGCGCUGAGUUCAGCUUCCCAGGGCGGCGGUCAAGUUGUUGGAGGUGGUGGAGUUGGCGGCGGUUUCGGCGGUGGUAUCGGAGGUGGAAUCGGAGGUGGCAUCGGUGGCGGAAUUGGAGGAGGAAUCGGAGGUGGUAUUGGAGGUGGCAUCGUAGGUGGUAUUGGAGGUGGCAUCGUGGUAUUGGGAGGUGGCAUCGGAGGUGGUAUUGGAGGGGGUGGUAUUGGAGGGCAUCGGAGGCUGAACUGGAAUUCGAAGUUGUCAAACUUGGCAUACUGGCUGGCCAUACUCACAACCCAAAACACCGUUCGUGUAGAGUUGUGUGACCGCGCUGGAUGA